UUUACGCAGAGUUGAUGCAGAGGGAGUCUACAUGAGGCGUCUAAGACUGCGUGUAUUAAGACGACGGCAGUAUUCUGCUCCUGGCCCAAACUCUUUAUGGCAUAUAGAUGGCAAUCAUAAGCUCAUCAGGUGGAGAUUUGUUGUCCAUGGUGGGGUGGAUGGAUUCAGUCGUUUAGUCGUCUACCUGACUGUGGCUGGCAAUAACAGAGCUCGUACUGACUUACAGAGCUUUAUCGCUGCUGUUGAGCAGUAUGGGCUGCCAUCAAGGGUACGGUCUGAUAAAGGUGGCGAGAAUGCAGAUGUAGCAGAAUUCAUGAUCGGGAGCAGAGGUAGGAAUUCGCACAUCACAGGCAGAAGUGUCCACAAUCAACGAAUAGAAAGGAUGUGGAGAGAUGUGUAUGAACAUGCCCUGGACCUCUUCUAUCAGAUCUUCACUUCAUUGGAAGAUCAGGGAACACUGAAUCCAGACAAUGAAGUCCAUCUUUUUGCACUGCACCGGAGCUUCCUUCCACUAAUCCAGCAAAGCCUUGACUUUCUCAGGGAUGCUUGGAACUUUCCUGGUCUUAGAACUGAAAGGAAUCAGUCACCACAGCAACUCUGGAGAAGAUACAGAGAGCAAGGCCCUAUGGAGGAUCCUACUGAGGUUUAUGAAGACUAUGGGAUUGACUGGAACGGACCUCACAGUCUUCAUGGAGGCACUGUCAGUCCCCGAGGUUCAGCUGGCCCGUGAGCUCUCGCUGGAAGAGGUUGCCAUUUUGCCAGCUCCAGGAGUUUCUGUAACUGAUGCACUUAGAUCAUAUGUAGAGACUGCAAGUUUUAUCAAGAAUCAUAGCAGACUGAUGUCCAACCCAUGCUUUUAUUUAGCAUCUCAAAACAAGCAAGCAUAAACUAAAAAAGUUUGCUUUCCUUAAAAAAAGGGGUAUAAAAAGCUGUUUUACUUUGAAGCUCUACCAUAAUCAUUGUUAAGAUCUUGUAAAUGCACUUUAUGCAUAGCUCCACUCCUUUUCUUCCUGUCUCAUUAUUGGCCACAGAAUGAAUAACAUGAAUGCUGUUCUGUUAACACUGAAAGCUGAACAUGCAGAACUGUUUGGUUUCAGUAAGUGGAAAAAAUAUUAUGAAUUUCUCAACUACUGCACAGUAUGUUUCAUGUUUUCAAUUGACCUGACCUACUGAACAGUGCAUUCAAUGACAUCUGUCUGAAAACUUAAACAAGUCCAAAUCCAGUCUGUGCACUACUUAUGGCAGAGACAAGUGCUUCCUUGAAGUCCAUGUAGGCUUUGAAAUGAGCUGGCAGCUUUAGUGUUUCAAAGCAUGUGGCGGACGUAGGAAGGGUUCCCCCAGAGAUCUCCACUUUCAGUUCAGGAGGAAGCUUCUCCCAGCCAACCCAGAAUGUCAGCAGCAGGGCCAGUGUACCUGAUGAAGCUAAAAGUCAUAAAAUGGAUUCAAGACAACAUUUAGUUAAACUUUAAUUGAUCAUAUCUAUCCAUGAGACAUUGAAGCAUUUGUAAAGAGAGCAAUACAUUUUUCAAAUAAGGUGUUAAUACCCGUUUCAAUGAACAUCCUUAGAAAGCCAGUGAUGCGGCAUCAAUGAUCACCAAUCAGCUCAAACAGCCUCAACUUCUAUCUUGGCAUGUUACUGCCAGCUAACACUAUUUACCGAUUAGCGAACUAGUUUUAUGCUUCCACCAUUUAGCUACAUUGAACAUGUACACAGUAAUGAGCCUACCGCAAAUACACUUUCGAUCCAACUCCAAAUUGUUCUAAAUUAACCUCCACCUGUGUCCUGAGUCAUUGAUUAGUAGCACACCUGGCUAACAUUAAAUUAUUUAGCUUACCUUGGACAGGUGUAACGUUACGUGAUGGAGCAGCCGGAGCCGGAGGAGUUCUGCUCAGAGCUUCUUCUUCGCUGCUUCUCUCAGCAGCUCUGGGCAGGUUUUUGACAUUUUGACCUGCGCCUCAAGCGAUGUAUCAUCAUUGGGGCUAGAGGACCGAGUUGUCAAUAAAGUUUUGUUUGAUAGAGUAUCCAAACCAACGUAAAGGUGAAUAGCGCCACUCAGUGUAUCAGAAUGUGUUCACAAGCUCUGCAUCAAUCCAUUAUCUGGAAUCGAUUUGCCUUGACUUGAUGUGCAGGGUAACCAAUCAGGUGUUAGGAUCUGCCCACCGACUUUGAUGGGCGAGGUUGACAGAUAAAAUAAAUUCAUGAGCCACUGCACCGGACUAAA